AUGUUAACCGCUUCAAAGUGUAUAUUGGUUCAGUGUGAUCCUUCGAUCCGGGCUUUGAUAUUACAAAUCAAUGAUGAAAGGCCAGGUAUUGUUAUUGACGAAUUGGAUGAUACACAUUUAUUGGUUAAGUCAGACAAAGUAGAUAUCGUCAAGCAAGAGUUGAAUAAGUUAUUAUCGAAAAAUAUCUACAAUCCAUUUGAUGAAGAAUAA